AGCCAUUUCGCACUGUAAAUUAAGUUUUUUUAUAAUCCUUUAUUAGCAACUAUUUUAGUUACUUUAUUACAUUAAAACAAAUUAUAUUACAAUAUGUCCGGUAGAGGAAAAGGUGGAAAAGGUUUAGGAAAGGGUGGUGCCAAGAGACACAGAAAGAUCUUGAGAGAUAACAUUCAAGGUAUUACCAAGCCAGCUAUCAGAAGAUUGGCCAGAAGAGGUGGUGUCAAGCGUAUUUCUGCUCUUAUCUACGAAGAAGUCAGAGGUGUCUUAAAGUCCUUCUUGGAAAACGUCAUCAGAGAUGCCGUUACUUAUACUGAACACGCCAAGAGAAAGACCGUGACGUCUUUGGAUGUUGUUUACGCUUUGAAGAGACAAGGUAGAACCUUGUACGGUUUUGGGGGUUAGUUUAUUUAGGGAAUAUUAUAUUAUUGAGAAACGAAGAAAAAAA